AGUUGGGCCGGAAGCGGAGCCCAGAGGCUCUGCGCAGCCUGGAGGUCGUUGGAGUCAUCUGCCCUUUUUCAGCUCCUUUUCCUGCCUGUCUGCGCCUCCGCCGCCCCAGCCAUGCUCUGCGCACUCGCCCGGCCUUUCGGCGCUGCUGUCCGCCGCAGCUUCAGCACCUCGGCCCAGAGCAAUGCUAAAGUAGCUGUGCUGGGGGCUUCUGGAGGAAUCGGGCAGCCCCUCUCACUUCUCUUGAAGAACAGCCCCUUGGUAAGCCGCCUGACUCUCUACGAUAUUGCUCACACUCCCGGAGUGGCGGCGGACCUGAGCCACAUCGAGACCCGAGCAACUGUAAAAGGCUACCUUGGGCCUGAGCAGCUGCCAGACUGCCUGAAGGGUUGUGAUGUGGUGGUUAUCCCAGCGGGAGUCCCGCGAAAACCAGGCAUGACACGGGAUGACCUAUUCAACACCAACGCCACAAUUGUGGCCACCCUGGCUAGUGCCUGUGCCCAGCACUGUCCUGAGGCCAAUAUUUGCAUCAUUGCAAAUCCGGUUAACUCCACCAUCCCAAUCACAGCAGAAAUUUUCAAGAAACAUGGAGUAUACAACCCUAACAAAAUCUUCGGGGUGACGACACUGGACAUCGUCAGAGCCAACAGUUUCGUUGCAGAACUGAAGGGUUUGGAUCCAGCUCGAGUCAAUGUUCCAGUCAUUGGCGGCCAUGCUGGAAAGACCAUCAUCCCCCUGAUCUCUCAGUGUACCCCCAAGGUGGACUUUCCCCAGGACCAGCUGACAACCCUCACUGGGCGGAUCCAGGAGGCCGGCACUGAGGUGGUGAAGGCAAAAGCGGGAACUGGCUCCGCCACGCUGUCCAUGGCGUAUGCUGGGGCCCGGUUUGUCUUCUCCCUGGUGGAUGCGAUGAAUGGCAAGGAAGGAGUUGUCGAGUGUUCCUUUGUUAAGUCCCAAGAGACGGACUGUCACUAUUUCUCCACACCGCUGCUGCUGGGGGCAGCCCGGGACAGUCUGGAAAGAGGCCUCCCUCCCCCAGCGUGCAGGCCAUCUCGCUGUAGCUCAUAACUCACUCAUUCCUGUUCUGACCUUGGGGGCCACCAGGCCUGAUUCCUGUCCCAGUGAGGCCUGAAGAUGUGGCACAGCUGUUGUAUUUUCCAGUCAGCUGUGGCUGAUACCUUGCUCCUUGCCCCACUGGUUUUCCUUGGGCUGUGCUACAGUUUGUCCCCUUAACACUGUCGUGUCCAGGUCAGAGCUCAGCUGAUCAUACUACUGGCUGCACCAGGCAGCUGGUCAGGUGUCCGGUCCAGUGGACUCUGACCCAGUCUGCAGUGAACAGAAACCCAUAGGUCUCACUCACUCCAGGUUUCCAUGUCUUAUGUCGUGGCAGCUGCUGAAAUCAGGCAGGUGUGAGGUUGCUUCGUUUCAUAGAAACAGUUUAGCAACAUGCCAAGAGGCCCUUCCCACGUACACCUUGAUGUUCAAAGAUCCCUAAGACAUGGCCUCAGGCUCUGUGGUGGAAAGAUGGACACUGAACUGGUUAAUUCAGUAACCAGUUCAGCCCAGGUGUGUGCAGAGUGUGGUGAGACCUAUAAGCUGUAGAGUCAGGGAGGGCUUUCUGAGGAGGCAGCUGGGAGUGGAGGCUGCUGUGGGGUGAGAUGGUGACAAACACUUAAUUCCCCUCAUGUCAGACAUUGACCUCCUUUAUUACAGUGGACUCAGGUGGAUGGCAAAAUGUUUCUUCAGUCCUUUACCAACUGGGGAAAGAGCCUAGAACCCAGAGGUGUGCACUGCAUCAGGGUGACAUCAGGUGCUACUAAGUGCUUUCUAUGCCCGGUCGCCACGGGUGUUCUCACAGGCUCCCUGAGUAGAUAGCACACUCCUGUUACAGGUUAGGAAACAAACUUGGUGUGUAAGCAGUUGCCCAGGGGAUGUGCAGUGAGUGACAGAGUCCAGAUCCCAAUCUGGGACUAUGUGGGGCCUGAGCUGGCAGAGCACCCCCCAUCCUGGGUAUUCACGGGUCCCUCCGCAGGCUGCCCAGAAGCCACAGGUGUAGCCUAAGCAGAAUUGAUGCAAUUACAAGUUGGAUUUUCCCAUAACGCUCAUUCAUGGAAACUUAUUGUGAAAUUAAAGAUUUUUAAAAUUUA